UCGAAGACGGUCGCCAAUAUCGAAAGAAUGGCUCGAGUCCCUCUCGUGGCACAAUAGCUCUUUAGUUAUACUACCUAUCUACGUUCCUCGUUCCACGCUCCACGUCCUACUACCUAGUGCCUUCUUCUCGCCGUAGCCUUAAGAUAAUCUUGACAUUAUGGCCGUAUACGCCAACGCAGAACCCCCGGUCGACGCGCCCAAGGUCAUCACCUUGACCGACGAGGAGCGCGACAGCGGUGUCAUGGGCGACAAGAAGCUCUACGACGCCAUCGAGGCCUUCUUCACAGAGGGCUUGGUCGUAAUCGAGAAUGCUAUCGACGUUGCUAUUAUUGAUAAGCUUAACAAAAGGAUGCUUCAGGACACUGAGAAGCUCCUGAACGGCGGCGGCCAGGUGCACUUCAACCACCUGAACCAGAACGCCGCGACGAAAGGUGCCGCAGCGGGCGGGAACUUGUCACAAGUGCCCCCUCUAGAGAAAGAGUGGCUCUUCCCGGAGGUCUACGCCAACAAGCACGGCGCGCGCGUCGUAUCUAACAUCCUCGGCCCCCGGCCCGAGGUGCACUUCAUUCGUUCCAACACCCUCCUUGCCACCGACGAGCGACAGCUGGUGCACGCUGAUCUCCGGUUCGAACAUCCCGAGCAUCCUUUCGCCAUUGCUUUGAACACCUGCCUUAUCGACGUCGGCCCCGAGAACGGCUCCACCGAGAUAUGGCUGGGGACCCAAAAUACCAAUCUCGACGACCACCGCGAGCUCGGCGAGCCCAUGAUCGCCGAAGCGAAACUAGAGGCGAGGCGCAAAGUCAGGGGCCCCAUUUACCCCAGAAUAAAGAGGGGCUCCAUCAUUCUUCGAGACCUCCGGUUAUGGCAUGCCGGUAUGCCCAACCCUACCCAGGAAGUCCGAAUCAUGCUCGCAAUUGUAUACUACGCUGCUUGGUACAAGAACGGAGUCGUGACCCCGAUGCCCGAGUCACUGCGACCUACCAUAGAGGCUCUCGAGGAGUACGGCCAGAUCAAGAUCGCCACGGAAUGGGUCCCUGACGAGGGGUACAACUACCUCAACAUCAAGUUCAGCAACAACUUCAGCUCUACGCUCACCCCUUGGGUCUGGGAGAAGAUCAGACAUAUCAAGACUGUCAGGGGUUAUUAAAGGAUUGAAAAAACGGAACCCCUUUCAAAAAUUGGAACGACGGGGGGAUAUUUAUGACUAUACGUGGCUUGAGCAUAAGCUAAUGACUACAAUUCUGUUUGAG